AUGUUUGGUUUAACCACUAGUCCCUUUCAGAUUAUACUACAUCUAAGCUUGGCCUUAGCCACCGACAGCAACACCAAAGCAGAAGCAGAAACACUGCUAAAAAAUGUGACUUUAUUGGAAAAUAACUCAACAUCUGAACAGCCCAUAGCAGAGGCUCUAAUACGCUAUAGGCGACAGCCACCACGCACCAUUGUUAAACAUAUAAUUCGACCAAAACGUUUCAAAAUGAAACGUGUUAAAAGGCCAAAAAUAAAAUAUAGUUUUGCAGAACCACCACCAGCAAUAUACUACAGCCGCAAACCGAUCAGCAUUAAGAAACCCACAUUUGAUUCUUCAAUAAUUGAAGAGUUUUCACACAUGAAUGUGGAAUCGGCUAAUUUUGAUUUGCCGCCCUCUAGCUAUGAGUCGCAAUCAAUGGAUUUGGAUUUGUACAAGCAUCAUGCACCUGCAAUAGAGACAACGUAUAAAGAAAUACAAAAACCAGCUACUUAUACCUAUAACGCUCCAGAAAUCACUUUUAAGGAAACCACCAAGCCCAUAGUUACAUAUUCAUAUGCACCGCCUAAAACUCGAAAACCCCACAGCAAUUAUGGAGUGCCAACAGAAUUUGUCUAUACUACGGGCUAUGAAAAUAAGCCCAGUGAUAAUAAAUACAAAUAUGAGCCACCUUCAACAAAACCAGUUUAUACUGAAGUAGAAAAACCCUUCUAUAAUGCUCAUGGUAAAAACGAAUAUUCCUAUAGUAAGCCGUCCAAACAAGCACAUCGUAUUCCAGCCACUUCAUAUGGUGUGCCAGAUCUUCAUCUACCAGUACCAACUGGUUCAAAUGAUUACAAUAAAUAUUCAGUAGUCGAACAAAAGCCAGCUCAUGCAAGUUAUGGUCCAAGUAAAACAGAAACAUAUCAUUUUGCGGAACCUCCACAACCGGAAUCGAGUAUUGAAAUUACCUAUUCGCCUUCUUAUGAAAUCAAUAUACCACCCUCAAACGAAAACUCCUAUUCCAGUGGAAAAUAUCAGCCAGAACAUCAGCCGGCAUAUCCUCCCAGUUAUGAGGAACCCAGCUACCAAGAGCCACCGCAAGAAUAUCAUCCACCCACAAAUUAUCAGCCCUCAAAUAGCUAUGGAAGUCCACCACAAGGAAAUUAUGAACAUACCGGUCCAUCCUAUCAAGAAGGUUCUGAUAGCAAUCAACCAGCUAGCUACCAACCAGCGCCAACUAGACAUGAAUCUAUAGAUGAAUAUAUACCAACAUCACAGGAGCUUCCCAUUAAUGUUAAUCACAAACAACCCCCCUAUGACUAUCCAAAAUCAAGUUAUGAAGUACCCAUCUAUGAUCCCAUACCUUUUGAUGCCUCUAGCAAUCAAGAAAGAGAAAUUUAUCCACCACAAACAUUGGAUCAUACCAACAGACAGCAGUCAGCAACAGCCUCCGAACAAAGGCCCGAAUCGCAGGAAGCCACACCAAAUGAAGUACAUUCAUCCGCCACACGACCACAAACUGUACUGCAAAAGCCCCACUCGCCCAUAAAUCAUUUGGUCAGAACGCGUAAGAGAAAACGUAAUAAUAAGGGUUCCUCUACCACCACGUCGACUACGAAACAUAUCCUAGAUGUGCCAGAACUUGAAGAGGCUUUCGAAAAAGAAAAUAGCAAUAAAUAUAGAAAUUCGAGAGAACCAGAUGCCCAUGAAUCACAUCGUGUCGAAAAUAUCAAUAACCAGAAUAAAAUCAAUCAAAAUUACAACAGCGGACCCUGGAAUCCCAUGAAAAUUCGUACCUCAUCCAUUAUGGUGACAACACCCAGCAGCAGCAGCACCUCUGCUGUUAAUGCAUUGAGUACGAAAAAUAGACGUUAUCAUUAUAAACAGCAAAGAUCUACCACAACCAGCACCACCACCACAACAGAGGCUCCCGCUAAAGUCGAAAUUAUAUCAAUUGAAAAAUCCAAAUCAAAGAGCUAUUAUGAUGGCAUUGUCACAACACCCAAAAUCUACAAUGGCAAUUUCUUUAGAAAUCGCUUUAGACUACAUGAGAGUACAAGCACAGAACAACCCCAAAUGAAGUCAACAAAUGAAAAUAAACUCACGAAACGGACCACAAAAAAUAUAUUCGAUACAACUGUUUUCAAGAGUCCCUUAAAUGAUAGAGAUGUUUAUCGUAAUUUGCCGAAAAAUCAUAAAUUAUUUUGAGUUUAUUUAUUAAAUAGUUAGUUGUUAAGUUAAAUUAUGUAGUAAUAAAAGAAUAUGAUUUUGUAUAA